GGCAAUGCACUUAAGUCUGGAAGGGACCAUAACUCCACAAGACAGAAGAGCUGCGGAAGUGGAGAAGGCUUCAGUCGACAGUCCACCGCCCAGACGACACCCACAGGAAGAGCAACAGCGGCGCUGGGUGAGAGAUGGAGGAAGACUGGGGAGAAGAUCCAGCCAAAUGGACCACCCAGCCGAAGGGGGAAUAGAAGACCUAGACGCACCAACCUCACUGUGCCCCCUGGUGGUGAAAGGAGCUGGACAAAAUCCCAUGUACGUGCCAUGGUCAUUCAUGGACAUGAUCGGCCUAGCAGGGAGACUACCCACACUCACGGAUGGAGCAAAUAAAUGGAUAACAGCACUGGAAGAGAGCACAGCAGGGGUGACUCUGGCUCUGGGAGAUAUAAAGGCUCUACUGAUGCAUACUGCCGGAAAACAAAUAACAGAAGAAAUCUUCCAGGGUGCACAACUGCCAAUAGUGGUGUCCGGAAACCAAGUGGACGGUGUAGGGUUCGGAGGUCAUCGCAACCAAGUAUGGGCAGAGCUAAGGAAACACUACCCAGAGAAGAUGGAUCCCUCCAAGCUGGAGGGCGAAAUGCUGAAAGACGACGAGUGUCCAUCCAAGUUUCUGCAUGUUUUCCAACGCAGAUGGAGAGAUGAGACAGGGAGUGCCUGGAACACGAACAACACCACACAGAGACUGUUUAUGCUAAUGGUGAAGAAGGCAAUGCCACUGGAAGUACAGAAGUGUCUGGACGGUGUGGUGGGUUUGAUGAAAAUGGACUGGCCACUGUUCUCAGAACACAUUGUCCAUCACGUUGAUAAUAGCAGGAAAGAUAAGCGGGAGGCGGAAGAACUAAACAAGCAACUUGUCAACAAGCUAGCGCAACUGCAGCUGGGAGAACUGUGUAAGCUGAACAAAGACAAAGCCAAGACACAAGCCCCGGUUAUAACAACACCACCCCAGGCUCCCGAGAACCCGACACUCCAGGCCCCAGUGAUGUUCCAGCCACCACCCAAGCCACCUGUUGCAACAGGACCAGUACAGGCAGCAAUAGUUAACCCUACAGCUCUGCCACCAAUCCAUGUGCACAUUGGACCCCCAGAUGGCAUCUAUCGAUCCUGGAAGGGAAAAGGUGGACCUAUGCAGCGAGGUGGGAACUCCCAGGGGGGAGGAGGACAAGGCCCACCCCCACAGCAGUAUGGACAAGCUCAGUCUAACCCCAACCAGUAUGGACAAGCACAGUCCAACCCCAAUCAGUAUAGACAAGGCCCACCCCCACAGCAUUACGGACAAGCACAGUCCAACCCCAAUCAGUAUGGACAAACACAGUCCAACCCCAAUCAGAACGGACAAGCGCAGUCCUACCCCAAUCGCACUGACAAUCAACAAGCUAAUGUGUGCUGGGGAUGUAAACAACCAGGACAUAUCAAAAGAGACUGUCCAUCACAGUCUUGGGGACCAGCAGCGGACUGGCAAUAGAGGUGCCCGGAGAAGCCUGAGGGGGAAACAAUAAUGUCACCAGUUAUCUCACUACAACCACGAGAAGAACCCACCAUACCAGUUACAGUGCAAGGACGAGAACAUGCCUUCAUGGUAGACACCGGAGCGACGUAUUCAUGCAUUGGAAAAAACGGCUUCAAUCUCCCCCUCUCCAGUUCAUCCAUCCGAACUGUAGGCUUUUCUGGGAAAACACAAGUAAUACCACUUACGGAGCCACUCACGAUGCAAAUUGAAGGAAAAACUAUUGUAGCGCCUCUACUGUACUCCGCACACACUCCCAUCAAUCUAUUAGGAAGAGACAUUCUCUGCAUACUAAAAGCCAACAUUGUGUGUACUCAACGCGGCCUGCAAAUAGAGUUCCAUGAAGGUCCCUCAGCAAACCAGAUGAUGCCAGUGAUGGUUGGAAAGGAACUCCAAAAUGGCUUAAGUCCAUUAACGAAUGUAACAGCACAAGAUCAUCACAGCCGGACACCACCGCUAGCGUACUGGCUACAAUUGGCCCCACAAUAAUCUUCACUAAUCCAAUUAUGGGAAGAAUGGGAACCGU